AUGAAAGAAAACAAUAAAGAAAAUGAGCUGGCAGCCGUGGCUAACAAUAAUGAAGAAAGAUCACCUAGUGAACGGAAUAAUGCUCUUAAGUCAAUAUCACCAAACAGGUCUCAAACUUUGGUUGGAAAGUUGAAUUUUUUACAAAAUGACAACAUUGAUGAACAUUUUGCCCAGAUACACAAGACUCAGCAAGUCAUGCAGCAGCUGCUAGGUGGUUUAGAGUCAGAUACAAGACAGGUAGCUCUCGAUUUGUCCCAAUUGUGUGAUAGGCUGAAGAACAACAACCAAUAUUUGAACAAAUUGCUUCAAAAGAUUGCAGAAAAUUCAGGUGAAACAUACGAAACAGGAGAAGAUAAGAAGGAAUUUAUUGCAAUUCUUGAAAAGAUAGACAAAAUGAGUAAAGAUUCUGAUUUUUUUGGUGAGCAAAAGUAUUCUUUCGUUCAGAAUGAAAUACUGGGUUUGAAACGUGUCAUAGAAGCUGAUUUUAAAGAACUGAUCAACUCAAAACUAACACAAGUGAUGGAAUCAGUUGAAAAGGUUUCGCUCACAUUGUCGACAAAAGAGUCUAGCAUUCAAUCAGAGGUACAACGUAUAAUUCAAUCAGAGUUUCGGAGACUCAAUAUUCCGGAAUUAGAACGUCUUGAAGGUACCAUAAUAUCUAGGCUUAAAAAUGAAAUUAAUUUAAACGGUGUAUCUCAAGAUAUCUCCGAAUUAUCGCAACAGGUACAGCAUGAGAGUGAAGGAGUAAAAAAUCUCCUAAAAGAUGUUAAUUCUCCAUCUACUAUUUCAAAGGAAGCACUAUCAGAAAUAAGGAAAAUAGUACUGGAAAAUAACUCGAAAGAACUGGUAAUAGAAGAGUUGGCGAAAAUUAAUGAAACGAAUUUAGGGAGCAAAGAAGUUUUUGCUAAAUUACUUGAACUCCUUGAAGCAAAAGAACAUGAGAAAGUCUUAGCGGAAUUGGCUGCUAUUAAACGAAAUAUUGAACAAGUGAACCAAACUAACUCUGCCGAAGCAAUUGAGCAAGCUUUAAGGAAGAUUAACGGUCAAGUAUAUUCGGAUGAUGUGAAAAGUGAAGACCAAAAAGGUAACAAUCGUGAUUCUGUGAACCAGGGAGAUCUUGAAAGUACUGUUCAACUCAGAGAUGAAACUAUCAGAGAACUUACAAAUAAAAUUGAAUCACAAUCGAAGGCAAUACAGAACUUCGUAGAAAUGCGCAACUUGGUUGAUGAUAAGAAGGAGCUUGAAUCGAAGAUAGAAAAACUAAAGGCUAAUUAUGAUGCGCUCUGCAAAACUUAUGAACAAAAGUUCAACAUUCUUCAGCUUUUGCAAUUUGAUUUUCAAGAACUUGCCGCUAAUGUGAGAGAGACUACUUCAUCUAGCCCUGAGAUGAGGCUUCAUCGAUUAAAUAAGGUGCACAAAUUGCAUGCAUCUAAGAUGAAUGAAAUUCAAAAUUUCAGGACUAAAGAGUUCAACUUUGGCUACAAAAGAGUCUUGAGCACUCCAAUGAAACCGAAUCAUCCUCUAUAUCAAUCACUGAUAGAUAUUGUUGAUGAUACUAUUGCAUCUAACAAUUCAGAUCUCGAUGAAUCAUGA